CGAAAGAUGCUAAAAGGAACACGAGAAAACACGAAACAGAUCAAAAAAGGAAAGACAAAUUCAAUUGUCAAUUUUCAAUCGUCGCGACUCGCGAGCAUCCGAAUUUUUAAUUUGGUAGUAUUUUAUUGCCGGAAAUUCGCAAAUCCAUUUUAAUUAUAAAUCUUUGUAGACUCGUUCGUGAACUUUUGAAAACGUAUUGAUUUUCCUGGAUGUACUCCAAAGACACAUUCUAUAUAGCAAGGUCAUUAAGUCUCGUCGGUAGUUUCUAAAAGAAAGUGUGUGGAGCAGAUUGAAAAGUGGUUGUGCUAUGCAAGUGUCGGUAAAUGUAAUUAAAAAAAAAUUGCAACUUAACUUCACAUAAAAGUGCCAAACAAAAAUCAAAGUUAACAAAGAAACAGUUUUUCUUAAAUACCUGGUGUUGGUAAGAAGUUAUACAAAAGCAGCUCGUCGCUAUAGAGAAAAAUCGAAACAAAGAAAUUUUUUUGUUAGCACGAUUGUUACUACCUUUGGGGCCUUUGGGCGCAUCUCUCAUUUGCCAUACAUUUACCGAUUUCGGGCUUUGUUUCGUGUAGAUCUUCGUUUAUGGCCGAAAAACUAAGCAAAUUUUGGUAGCUUCCUAUUCUUAAGUGCAAAAGUGAACAACAUAAAAAAGUCUAAAAUGAACAACUACAAAGAUUGUCUACAUGUUGAUUAAGCGUUUAUCAAGAAUUUCAGCUUAUGUAUGAGCUAAAUGUCAGGUAGUUAGUUGGUCAUGUACAUUUUCAACAUGCCAAUGCAUCAUACUUUAGAAACCGUCCACAAAGAAACACAAAUAUACCACGCACAAAAGUGCUCAUUCAUAACGACCAAAUCGGCGUACACAUUUUCAUACACCUAGUAUUGGUUAAUGCUCAUAAAUGAACAAGAGACUGACUGAUAUGGCUACGACAACAGCGUCAACGUCUGAAAAUGCAUCGAAACACCCACAGCAACUGCAAUUGGCAGUUGGGGCUGACGGGGAUGAGCAAACACAAACAAGCCAUAAUAUUGUUAAUGUUAUAGCGGAGGAGUCGUCAUCGACUACAAAUGGGUGUGUCACAUUGACAGCGGCAAAGGAGGAAAUUGACGAAGUGGAGCAACACACCCAAAUGUUGAAAAUCAACGGUAAUGAAAAAGGAGCAACAAUAGAAGCAAUAGAAGAAACAACAAUACCGGCUACACCUGCAACAACAACCACAUUGUCUGUAAUAGACAUGGACGGUGAUGCUCCAGAAUCGCGUUUGUGUGGGAAAAAACUAUUGUUAUGUCGACGCUUCAAGGAUUGUGGUGGAAUUCUGCGUAAUUUUAAUUCGCUGCCAUUAUUUGUUUACGCGACAUCACCAUACACACAUGCCAUAUCAGCUGAUGGCGUGGGUGUGGCUAAGGAGGCGGUAGCAGCGGCAGAUGCGUUAGGUCAAAAGAAUGACACCUAUGACCUUGCACUCUGCCCUACGAACAACAGCAGCAGCGGCUUUGGCACAACAACUGCUAUUAUUGGCGCCAUGGACUGUCUGCCCAUUAUGAAUGGCAGUGGUGGUGGUGGCAGCGGUAACAGCGCCAGUAGCAACGGCAUCGUUAGUCCACUUGGUAUUGGCGGUGGCCAUCAUCACCUAAUGGUGAACGGCAGCAGCAGCAAUACAGCCACAGCGAUAAGUGGCAGUACACCGGCCGUCACUGUUGUCGGCUCAUAUCAGCAACACCUCGCUAAUUUGCACGCGCACCAUCCGCAUCUGAAUUUGGUCGGCCAUCAUGCCGUAACGCCGUACAGCAAUAAUUAUCCGCUGCAUCAUAGCAGCAGCCAUCAUCACAUACAGAGCGAGCAAACCAAGUCACUGCAGGAGUUGCAGCAUGAAGUUGGCGCAUUGUUGGAAUUUCGUGAUCUGGUCAUCGAAACAUUUCCAGAUCUCAAGCAUAAAAUGGCCUCUAUGUCAUCUGCUUCCGCGACGACCGUAACGAAUGCGGCCGGUGGCGCUUUGAUAAACAACACUGUGGGUGUGGGGACUGUAGCGGCUCUUGGGAGUACCAGCGGCAGUGGCGGCAUAGCGAAUGCGUCGUUAGUAUCGAGACGCGAUUGGGAGCCUGGUAUACGUUUGAAGCGUAAAAUUUCGCAGAAAGAACCGUCCAUACCGGCAGCGACAGGCGCUGCAACAGCAGCAGCUGGUGUUGCUGCAGGCGUCGCAGUCGGCGAAUUGUCCUCAUCGUCAUUGACGCGUAGUCGCAGUAACUCACAUAGCGGCAAAAAAGAGCCAAAGAGCGGAGAGAAUAACAACGGCAGCGUUGUACAGGAUUCCGGUUUCUCCACAGAGACAAGUUCCUCCAAGGAGGGCCAUAGCGCUUCGUCUACAAAUGGUGCUAUAACGGGACCCGCAGCACUGAAUCGUCUCUCCUGCCACGAAUCCGAUGAUGAGCUACUCAAUUUGCUCGAUGUCAUACAUCGAAAAUCAAAUCGUUUACGUGAAGAAAUGGAUCAGUUGCAACAGUAUGAAAGGCAAAAUCUUCGUAGCGUCAACAGCAGCAAUUUAAAUGCUACCACAGCCACCAACAACAACAAUUUAGCAGAUGACUCCACAACAACAGUGAUAGCAGCAAAUGAAAUUUCCGCUUCAGCAACACGAAGCGCAUCGGUACUGGCCAAGUCCAGCAGCAGUGUCAGCAGUAAUAGUACAGUCAACGGUGCCGGUCUCACGCCGAAAACAUUCCGCGAGCAUGUGGAACGCCUCAAUAAGGAGGAUAUCAAACAGUUGCGUAAAGAGCGCGACCGUUUGUUGGAUAAGUUGGCCGAAAUGGAGGCAGAAACCUUGACAGGACGCAUUAAGGCUGCGAAAAUGAACGAUCAGGUGGAGGAGUUGAUAAGCGUGAAAAAGGAUCUUGAGGAGCAGUUGAAGUUGGCGAUGGCGCAGAAGCUCGAUUUGAGUGCGCGUGUGCAGCAAAUGCAGUUGCUACAACAACAACCACAACAGUUCCAAAGCAAAAGCUCAUCAAGUCAAUCCGAUUAUUCGAGUCAACGCAAUUUCCUAUCCUCCGCCACAACGGUGCUAUCCACAGGCAGCGGCACCUCAGCGCAGCCUUUUGAAGCCGCCGCCAACACUAGCACAUUGACGGCCGCACAAAGUCGGCGUCAACAUACAUUCCAGCCAGUGGUGGUGAUCGAUCAGCAGCAGCAGCAGAAGCAGCAACAGCAGCAACAAAGUCACCGAGCACCUCCAGUCGAGGAUAUACACAUUGCAUUCCAUCAAAGCGCAGGCAGUGAUAGUAAACAGCAGCGAGCUGAGCAUAACGAGUAUCAGCAGCAGCAGCAACAACAAUUAGGACGUCUGGAUGGCAUUGUCAGUACACCAGGCGGGCGUUAUAGCAAAAGUCGCUUGAUUGAUUCAAAGCGAUUUACCGCAAUUCUGCUCGAAACGAGUGUUGUUGAGUUACAAAGGCAUCUGCUGACGCUUACUGUGCAAAAUCAGGUACUGAUGCAAAAACUUGACACGGCCAAUAAGUCCAAAACUCAUUUGACCAAAAGACUGGAUAAAUCAAAAGAUGAUGUGGAAGAUUUGCGUUUUCAGCUGGAAGAAAAGAACAUCGAGUUGGAAGGCACCAAAGCCCAACUACGCGUACUCGAGUCACGCAUACACUCGGUCACACCUAGCAGUGGUGCGCCCACUAAUUCCUACUUGCAUUCGCAAAAUGAUUACGAAACUAAUCGCUCUUCUGCUUCCACCACAUUGAUGAUGAGCAGGCGUGGCUUAGGCAGUGGCGCUAGUGAUAUAUUAAAUUAUAGUGAUUUACGCUCGGCAACACCCAUUUCAACGACGACACCUACUACUACGACUAAAGCUUUCACGACGACUGUUGGUCAAAUGCCUGCACCGCAUUUGACGCAAAUUUCCACACCAAGCAUGAAAGCAAUGGUCCACCUGCCAAUGGACGAAUUACAACAACAUAGUAGUAGCACAGAAUCGGCACAUGAACAUGAGUUGCCAGAGAGUGGCGAUAUACAGACGACGGUUAGCCAUUUGAUGAGCGCCAGUGUUGGUGGUUUGAGCCCAUUUGAUAGCGUAGUGCGUGGCAAGAAAGCUGGUGUGGCCAGUAAACCUAGUAAGAUACCCUUGCCGGGUAGUAAAGCGGCGGCAUAUUUUGCGGGCAAACCACCAAGUGGUCGCCCAUCUACGGCCGGCCGUUCGCCACCUUCUACCCACACCUACGCCGCCUCCAAUUCGUCGAGCAAGUCAUCGCUGUGUCGCAGCACCGGCAAUUUGUUAUACAGCAAAUCACCAAACAGUCUGAAACGUGCUGAUUCCGCACAAAGUAUACGUAAAGACAACAACAACUCAUCGUUAAGUACGAAUACAAGUCGCAGCUCGACAUCUUCUUCCAUACCAUUGGCGACGCAUCACUUGUCACACGCUACCUCGUCGAAAUCGCCAAUUGGUGCACAUGCACAUGCGACAACACCGACACCACCAACUCCGUCCCCGAGAAUUUUACAAAACUCUCCAUUACCGAAAUUAAAACGUGAAUCGCUCACAUCACGUGUACGUCAUUUGGAUUCACUAUCGCGGGUACAUCAGCAUAAUCACCAUUCGAAUGUCAGUAGUAAUGGUGCUGGUGGUAGUGAUGUUUCUUGUACAUCACCCACAAUGUCGGCAUAUACAACAUGUAGCAGCAGCAACCACAACAACAACAACAACAAUAACCAUUCGACGGUACUAACAUCGCCAUCACCAACAGCGCUCACGGGCAACUACAUUGUCAGCAGUACGCCAAAGCCGAGCGCCAUAGCAGCGCAUAUAAAUGCAACAUUGCGCAAGGAUACACAAUUCAGUACGAGUAAUUAUGGUACGCAACAGUUUCUACGACGCGCCACUGGCGGCAAUGCAACGGCGACUAGCUCAGCAGGUGCUGGGCAAAGUGUGGUGAACAGCAGUGCGACAGUGCGUCGAUUUAGCAGUGCUUCGGUGGUGGGGGCGCGUAUUGCGAGUCGCUCUCAGUCACAAGAUGGGGAGCAACAACAGCAGCAGCAACAGCAACACCAGCAGGCUAGCGACAGCGAUAGUGGCAAGCAUUCCUUACUUUAUUACGAACAACCGCCGCCGCCAACGCCAAAUGCGAAGAUCACCAACAACCCCGCGAUGGGUUCAUCUUGGCGACAACAACAAUGGCAACAGGUACUUACGCAGGCGUUGUACAAACAAAGAGAAGAGCAAGAAACUCAACAUAUUAAUAACGGUGUUGGCGAUAAUUUUGGUAGCACAGCGCUUGUUACAUACCCGUGGCGCAACGCCCAGCUAGGUGAUAAUUUGCAAUUGAAGAGCAAAAGUAAGGAUAACUGUAAUUUUGUGCGCGCCUAUGAGUUGGAGGAACAAACAAAAUUACUGCAACAAAAAGUGCGAAAAAUGAACUCCCUACUACCGGAAGCCAGCACGAGCAUACCCAGCUAUGAUUAUUACUAUUCAAAUGAAUCGUACCGCAGUUCGGAGCGCGGUAGUGAUAAUCUCUUGGUCACCUUCGAUUAUGGCUAUAGCGACUCACUGCUCGAGGAGGUGAUGCCCGCUGAUGAUUUUAGCUUGGAGAAGAAGCAAACACGUCUAGCGCUGGCUGACCUACGUACCGUAUAUCCCAUCAGGGAGGAGUUUGAAUCGGAUGUUAUCAAUGUUUGGCAGCAAAAGCCGACAACAAGCAUUGCUUUGGCUAAAUAUGAAGAUGAUGAUUAUAGUGAUAGCUGGGAGCAGGCAGAGGAUGAGUUGGAAAAUGAAAUUGAAGGAAGCUCCUCGUCUAAAGCGCAAGACAUGCAAAUUUGGUGCAACACAGCUUUAACACGCGCCCAAAAACAAACGUCAAAUGAGCUUGGCAGUGCUGGCGCAUUCAAAGUGCAUCACGUGCAGCAUACGGAUGUGCCAAUUGAUGCUGCUGAUGAUGAGCAUGAGUAUGAGGAUGAGAGUUUGAAUUCGGUGGUGGUGCACAAUCCAAGCAGGGAGAGUAGCCCCAGCGCUGGUAGCGCUAACAGCUUCUACUAUCGGCAAUUAGCGUUGGGUGAUUGGGGGCAAGAGACAGUUGUCGAUGAAGAUGAUGAUGCUGCUGCGGAUAAUGAUAUUGCUGAUACUGAUGACGAUACACCUGCUGCGUAUGAUGAUGGUGAUGUUGCACAGUUUGCUAUGCCGCUUGGCUGUGCUGAUUUGGAAGUUGAUGUUAAUGCUGAUGAUUCGUUGGAAUUUUAUGACAGUCUAAAUUGAGCGUGUUGUAAGCGGUAGCGAAUGCUUAUUGAAUAACAAUCUAUAAAUAUUAGAGAUUUGCAUUUCUUCAAUUAAUAAUUUUUAUUAUUUCUUUACCUUACAAAAAUCGUAUUAACUUAUUUUUUUCA